ACUAUACUAAAGCGCAAACGGAGUGACGACAAACGAAAUGAACAGUUCUAUGACUAUUCUGCCCCUGCCUCAUGUCUACUAUUACCGAAUUGCCCCAACACCUGUACGUUUUCUAUGUCACCGAGUCGCCGCCAGCUGUGUGUUUCUCCUGCCACCGAUUACUGUUGCGUGGCUGUGCGUCCUUGCUCUGCAGAAAUAUAGAGGUAGACAUUGAUUGAUGGUGAGAUAUAGGGUCUUCUUCUUUCCUCUGCACAAAGAGAGAGAGAGAGAGAGAGAGAGAGAGAGCGAAGGGACUAGAGGAAGAAGAAGUGACUCAGCAGUAAGUUCCUGCUCCCAGGCGUUGUUAUUCAUCAAUAGGUAUGGACUCUUGCCGCUGCAUCUCACCGGGUAUAUGAAUAGGGGUUUUGUAAUUCUUUUUUGGCAUCAGACGGAGCUUUGUUGCUUGCGAUUUGCGAAUUUGGAUUUUGAUCAAGAAAUAGAUUCAGCAAAGAAGACCUUGACCUUAGAUCUAUGUAAAUUCAACAUCUUUAAUCAGGAACUGAAACUUCCGACCUGCAUUGAAGAGUAACUUAUGUUGAUAAUUAUUAAUAGACAUUGUCUUGGUAUUAUUCGGUUUAUAAAGCCUUAGCUACUGCAGUGAAAGAGAGAAGAGGGCAAAUCAGUUUGUGUUUCCUUUGUAAAGGAUAUGUUUGCUGGAACAAGGGACAACGUUCAAAACCAAUCUUGGUCUGAAGACCAAGAUAGUGGCAGCAUCCAUUCAUUUUAUGAUAUUACUGCUAAUCCACUUGAUAAACAAGCAUCCGGAUCAAAAUCUGAUAAGAGGAGGCGAUUAAUGUUAGAGAGUUCCGUUGAUAGCAGUAUUCAAGUGAGAGCAUCGCUACUAAAAUCAGACAAGAGGAAGCAGUUAAUAUCACAAGGUGGAGUUAAUAAUGAGUGCAUGAACAAUUUACUUGGAUGUGAGUUGCAAGCUGGGACAAGUAAAAUUGGCCAAGCCUCAUAUCAAAAAAGUAUUCAAGGGACUGUGCAUGAUUACAGCGAUGUUGGGGACAAGAUAUAUUGUUGUUGUUAUUGCAACGCACUGUUCUGGAGAAAUGAAUCAAAGAAACAGAGCAGCAACAAUAAACCGCCUGUUUUUACACAUUGUUGCCGAGAGGGCAAGAUAUGCCUGCCACCAGAGCCUGACACUCCGGAAUUUCUAGAUAAGUUAUUGGAUCCUUCAAAGAAUUCAUUGUUUAGAGCUAAUAUUCGUAUUUACAAUUCAAUGUUCAAUUUCACUUCUAUGGGUGGAAAAGUUGAUCAUUCUGUUAAUAAUGGUUCCGGACCUUAUGUCUUUCGAAUUAGUGGUCAAGUAUGCCAUUUAAUGGGAUCUUUAUUACCACCUGAUGGUGAAUGUCCAAAAUUUGCUCAAUUAUACAUUUAUGACACUUGCAAUGAAGUCCUAAAUCGAAUGAGAGCAGCUGAUCCUGAAAUGACAAAUGAUACACUUGACCCAAACAUUGUCCGCAAACUGACCAUGAUGUUUAACGAAAUCAAUGAAGUAGCUAAGUACUUCCGAAAUAUUAAGAGCAUGUAUCAAGCUAAGGCGUUGCCGUCAUUGCAUAUGUCUAUACUUGAUCAACAAAUCAGUGAUGGAAGACAAUAUGAACAACCGGCAUCCGAAGAGAUAAGUGGUUUAAUUGUUGGCGAUAUUGGUUUGUUCUAUUCUGAAAGAGACAUCGUGUCACGACUUCAUGAUGGACGUUUGCAACGUAUUACAAAAUUGUGUCCUAAAUACAUGUCUUUGCAAUACCCAAUUUUAUUUCCAUACGGUCAAGAUGGGUUUAGUCUAAAUCUAAAAUUACGACUAACUGUGACAGACAGUGACAAAAAACGUGAACGAAUAUCUAUGAGAAGUUAUUAUGCAUAUCGAAUACAAGAGAGAACUAAUGAAAAUGGAACUUUAUUGAAAGGUGGAAGAUUAUUUCAGCAAUUUUUGGUUGAUUGCUAUGCAACUGUAGAGGAAGAUCGAUUGGAUUAUGUUAGAAACAACCAAGCAAGUUUAAGAAGUGAGGUAUUAAAAGGUAUGUAUGAUGCAGUUUCUAGAGGAGAAAAUGAUGCGCGUAAUAUUGGUCAGAAAGUAAUAUUGCCAAGCAGUUUUACUGGAAGUCCUAGAUACAUGAUAAAUAAUUAUCAAGAUGCAAUGGCAAUAUGUCGUCAGUAUGGAAAUCCUGAUUUGUUCAUAACUUUUACUUGCAAUGUGAAAUGGCCUGAAAUUAUACGUGAAUUUGAAAAAAAAUCUGGUUAUAAAGCAGACGAUAGACCUGAUAUUAUAUCUAGAAUUUUUAAAAUUAAGCAGGAUGAUUUGAUUGCUUUUAUUAAAUCUGGUGAACCAUUUGGAGAAGUCGAAGCAGCUGAGCUUCCAAACAAGUCUCUUGAUCCACAACUGUAUGAAAUAGUCACACAAUUUAUGAUUCACGGUCCAUGCGGAAAUUUGAAUGUAAGAUCUCCAUGCAUGCAAAACGGCAAGUGUUCAAAACAUUUUCCAAAAGCAUAUCAAACAACUACUUUGUUUGAAACGGGCACUGUUCCAUUAUAUCGUCGCCGACCAAAUGUGGAUAAUCUUUUUGUUAAAAAUGGUGUUAAUAUAGACAAUAGUUUUGUUGUGCCUUAUAAUAAAAUGUUGCUACUAAAGUAUAAAGCACACAUCAAUGUUGAAUCAUGUUCUCAUUCAAUGCUUAUUAAAUAUCUUUUCAAGUAUAUAAACAAAGGACCAGAUAGAGCAAGAGUUGUGUUACAAGACAAUAUGAAUGAUGAAAUCAAAACGUACUUGAAUUGUCGAUAUUUAUCACCUCCUGAGGCAGUAUGGCGAUUAUUUGAAUACCCUAUUCAUUCAAGACAUCCUGCUGUUCAACGGUUACCUGUGCAUUUACCUUUUCAACAAAAUGUUGUUUUUAAUGAAUCACAACAGCUAGAGUCAAUUGUAAGAUACACAAUGUCAAAGGAUACAAUGUUAACUGCAUGGUUUAAAGCAAAUGUUGAUUAUCCAGAAGCACGCUCACUAACAUACGCAGAAUUUCCUUCCAAAUUUGUUUGGGAUAAUAAAGGUUUGUUCUGGAAACCUAGGAAGCUGAAAGGUUCUCUUGGUAGAAUAGCAUCAAUACAUCCUGCAUCGGGAGAGCUAUAUUACUUACGAAUGCUAUUAAAUUUGCAAAAAGGUUGUAUUGACUAUAAUUCCAUCAAAACUGUUAAUGGUGAAGUUAAAUCUUCAUAUCAAGAGGCAUGUCGAAGCAUGGGUCUUUUAGGUGAUGAUAAAGAAUGGAUCGAAGCUUUAACAAACUCUUCACUCACAGCAACUGCUUCUGAAUUACGACAACUAUUUGUGACGAUAGUAAUGUUUUGUGACGUCUCCAAUCCACAGUUACUUUUUGAUACACAUUGGAUAAGUAUGUGUGAUGAUAUUCGUUACAACUUUAUGAAUGAUUCUGAAAAUCUUAAUAUAAGUUUAUCUGAUUCAGAAAUGCAAAAUUCACUUCUGUUUGAAUUGGAAAAAAUUUUUAACUCAUCAUCUAGCUCUUUAAAGAAUUAUCAUUUACCAAUGCCUGAUGAAAACAAAAUGAUAGAAUUGCAUAACAAAUUAUUGAGAGAGGAAUUAGACUAUGAUUUUAAUACAUUAAAACAAGAACAUGCAAUUUUGGUAACUCAAUUAAACGCUGGUCAAAAGGCAGUAUAUGAAAGUGUUAUAAAAGUAGUUGAAGAAAGCAAACCAGGUCUCUUUUUUGUUAAUGGUCAUGGUGGAACAGGCAAGACAUUUUUAUGGCAUGUAAUCAUCAGCAAGCUCAGAUCAGAAAGGAAAAUUGUUUUGGCAGUUGCAUCUUCAGGAAUUGCAUCACUUCUAUUACCAAACGGUAGAACUGCUCAUUCAAGAUUCAAAAUACCUAUUGUUGUUAACGAUUGUUCAGUGUGCUCAGUUAAAAAAGGAACAAAUUUAGCAAAACUAAUUGAAAAAGCACAUCUGGUUAUUUGGGAUGAAGCUCCCAUGAAUCAUAAACAUUGUUUUGAAUCACUAGAUAAAACCUUACGUGAUAUAUUGCCACCUUUAAAUAAUUCAGAGCUUACUAUUCCAUUUGGUGGGAAGCCUUUUCUGUUUGGUGGUGAUUUUAGACAAAUUUUACCUGUCGUUACUGGUGGUAAAAAGGAAGAUAUUAUUAAUGCUGCUUUGAAUAGCUCAUAUUUAUGGUCAGAGUUCAAAACAUUUCCUUUAACAGAAAAUAUGAGACUACAUAAAGAAAAUCUAACUGAUGAAGAAAAAAUGAAAAUAUCUAUAUUUGCAAAAUGGAUCUUGGACAUCGGUGAUGGUGUGCAGCUUGGAGUGGCUGAUCAAACUGACAGUGAUGCAUCAUGGAUAGAAAUACCAAAAGAAUUGCUUAUUCACGCAAACGAUGAUCCAAUAAGCCAAAUUUUUCUUGCAACUUAUCCAGCAUUUAAUCAAAAUCAUACCAAUUAUGACUAUUUAAGAGAACGAGCGAUUGUAACACCUCGGAACAAAAUUGUUUAUGAAAUUAAUGAUCAUAUAAUCAAUCAAUUGCCAGGAGACGAAAGAAUAUAUUUAAGCUCAGACACCGUAUGUUCAACAUCUGAAAACCAUGAAAAACUCGCAGAACUGUAUUCUGUCGAAUUUCUUAACAGCCUUGAAUUAAAUGGAUUACCUCCACAUAAAUUACAAUUGAAAAUUGGAAUGCCUAUCAUGUUGUUAAGAAACCUUAACCAAACAGUUGGAUUAUGCAAUGGAACAAGAUUGGUUGUCACCAAUAUGCUUGAUCGAGUUAUAGAAGCAAGAAUUUUGACGGGUAAUAAAAUUGACCAUAAAGUUUACCUCCCACGAAUUGUUCUUACAUCAACUGAAAACAAGUGGCCAUUUAUUUUGAAAAGACGACAAUUUCCAGUUAGACCAUGUUACGCAAUGACUAUUAAUAAGAGUCAAGGCCAAUCUCUAAAACAAGUUGGUGUGUAUCUUCCUGAAUCAGUAUUCACACAUGGGCAAUUAUAUGUCGCAUUGUCAAGAGUUACUUCAAUUGAUGGACUAAAAAUUCUUAUACAAAAUAAUAACAAUAUGCCAGAUACACAUACCAAAAAUAUAGUUUACAAAGAUGUUUUAAAGAAAUUAUAA